ACUUUUUACAUUAGAUAUUAUUUUGAAUCUCAUUUUAUAUUUAUAAUGGCUCGAAAAGAAGAACCGAAAAUUCAACCGAAUAAUGACUUAGAAAAAAAGAUAAUAGAAGCUUUUGAAGUAUUUGACCAUUCUGGCAAACAAGUCGUCGAUGUGCGAGAAAUUGGAACUAUCUUGCGCUCUUUAGGUUGUUGUCCUACGGAGGCUGAAAUACAAGAAGUUAUUCUUGCUACGGAAAAUAAGGAAGCUACUGGAAAUAUUCCACUUGUGAACUUUCUUCCCUACAUGUGUAAAGCCAUGAUAGAACAUAGAUUUUAUCCAGCUAGUGCCGAAAUGUUGCUCGCAGCAUUCCGAUAUUUUGAUAAAGAACAACGUGGUUUCCUAACUAAGGAGAGAUUUACACAGCUCAUGCUUGAAGAAGGAGAACCUUUUACACAGGACGAAUUCGAUGAAAUGAUGCAAACUGCGUUAGAUCCAGUAACAAAUACUAUUACUUACGAAUAUUAUAUCAAUCAGCUUAUGGUUGCUCCCAGAGAUGUUUAUAAUACAGCGGAUGAAGUGGAGCUUGAGAGAAAAAAAAUAGAAGCCGCCGCUCCAAAGAAAAGACGAGCAUCCUCUCUUUUGAGGGCAACACAAAUAUAAACUGCUUACCUUUUUCGUAAUAAUGUUGAGGACGAAGUUAUCGAAUCUGAAGAACCUUCAAAAUAAGAAAUCAAUGGUGAUAUGAAGUUGGUAAAAAAUACUCAAAUAUUGAACUAUCCAUAAAUCCUUUAAUUCUCUUAAACAAUUGGC